AUGGAGUUGCAGAGCCCCGCUUCCUUCUUCACACGUGACAGCCCACCUGACUUUUCCAUUUCAAACGGUGCCCACACCCUUGCAGACCUGCACCCAGACGCUUCAUCACAAGCCCGGCGAGUGCCUGCGGCGGAGGGGCAGGACCCGGGAAGAGGAGACGGGCACCCUUCUGCCCUGCGCCCCAGGUCGGGGCCACCCACUCUCCUUGCUGCAGCUCGUGACAACUGUUACCUGGGGACAGAGCUCGAGGUGCUCAGGGCAACAAGACGUGACGAUGGGAUGGAGGGCUUGGUGGGCAUUCUAGGCGGCCUGCAGCAUGUCUCCAAGGUCACAGACCUUCGGGAGCAGUUUGUGACCUCGUACAACCACGAGGCCAGCCGCCAGCGUCCAGUGUCACUGCUGAUGGCCGGAGGGCAGCUCUCCACGGAGGCUCGGCUGCUCGCCCGACUGGGACGGCAGGACAGUUAG